CUGGUGCAUUGUGGGAGCGGCCCGCGGCCCGUUUCCGGGAGGAGGCGGAGGGCGCAAAGCGAGCCGGUGGAUCCGUAAAAAACCCAGCCAACCCGCAGAGGGAGGGCAGGGGCUGACCUGUGAGGAGAGCGGGCCCCAGAACCAUGUCUACGUGGGAGUCCUUUAACCCGGAAAGUUACGAAUUGGACAAGAGCUUCCGGCUAACCAGAUUCACUGAACUGAAGGGCACAGGCUGCAAAGUGCCCCAAGAUGUCCUGCAGAAAUUGCUGGAAUCUUUGCAGGAGAACCACUUUCAAGAAGAUGAGCAGUUUCUGGGAGCCAUUACGCCAAGGCUUGGCAUUGGAAUGGAUACUUAUGUCAUUCCUUUGAGGCACAGUGGGCUUUCCUUGGUUCAAACCACAGAUUACAUUUACCCGAUCGUAGACGACCCUUACAUGAUGGGCAGGAUAGCAUGUACCAAUGUCCUCAGUGACCUCUACGCAAUGCGGGUCACAGAAUGUGACAAUAUGCUGAUGCUCCUUGGAGUCAGUAAUAAAAUGACAGACAGGGAAAGGAAUAAAGUGAUGCCUCUGAUUAUCCAAGGUUUUAAAGACGCAGCUGAGGAAGCAGGAACAUCUGUGACGGGCGGCCAAACAGUACUAAACCCCUGGAUUGUCCUGGGAGGAGUCGCUACCACUGUCUGCCAGCCCAAUGAAUUUAUCAUGCCAAACAAUGCAGUGCCAGGGGACGUGCUGGUGUUGACAAAACCCCUUGGGACACAGGUGGCAGUGGCUGUGCACCAGUGGCUGGAUAUUCCUGAGAAAUUGAAUAAGAUUAAGCUAGUUGUCACCCAAGAAGAUGUAGAGCUGGCCUACCAGGAGGCGAUGAUGAAUAUGCUGAGGCUCAACAGGACAGCUGCAGGACUCAUGCACACAUUCAACGCCCAUGCGGCCACUGACAUCACAGGCUUCGGGAUUUUGGGCCAUGUGCAGAACCUGGCCAAGCAGCAGAGAAACGAGGUGUCGUUCAUCAUUCACAACCUCCCGGUGCUGGCCAAGAUGGCUGCAGUGAGCAAGGCCUGCGGAAACAUGUUUGGCCUCAUGCACGGGACCUGCCCGGAGACCUCAGGCGGCCUUCUGAUCUGUUUACCACGUGAGCAAGCAGCUCGGUUCUGUGCAGAGAUAAAGUCUCCCAAAUAUGGUGAAGGCCACCAAGCAUGGAUUAUUGGGAUUGUAGAGAAGGGCAACCGCGCAGCCAAAAUCAUAGACAAACCCCGGAUCAUGGAGGUUGCACCGCAAGUGGCCACUCAAAAUGUGAAUCCCAUACCGGGGGCCACCUCUUAAUCUAGACAGAAAUAGCUGUUUGGUUUUGUUUUUAAAUAGCUCUAUUUCCUUUAUCAUCACUUCAAUUAAAGACUAUAAGCAACAAAAAUCUCAUUGUGUCUACACAUCAGGUGACCUUAGGUUGGUUUGUAAGUGGAUACAAUUAAUAAAAUAAAAUCCAUUGUCUUUUCUUCCUGUUACAUUAACUGAAGAUGCACCUAAUCUUGAGGCAGCUUCUGAGUUGAGAUUUAUAUUGUUAUCCAAUACCGUUGAUUCAUUUUGAAUCUUUAGACACUUAUCUCUUGCCGCAUAGGCUCUUUUUAAAGGUGCUUUCACAUAGCACAGACAUUGCCAAUAGUCGUGUCAGAUACCAGUUGGUGUCUUUUCAUUUUGUAUUUAUCAUAUAAGUCUGAUUUUUUUUUUAAGUGUCUUGAAUGGUUUUCUGGAGAGACGGCAUUGGUAAGUGGCACAUGACGGUAUACCAGUCGUUAAGAGGGUUGCAUGAUUCCUUUGAGUCUUUGGUUUGGAAAGCCUAGUCUUAUCUCUCAAGAGCAUCUUGGACCCUGGACAUUCUCCAGUAGUGCAUUCAGUUCAACACGGCAAGUGCUUCACUGCAUGGAAAACACUUUGAAGACAAAAAAGAAAUCUUGUUUCUUUUUUUGUAUCCUUCCUGAUAUUUACAGUAAUACCAUUAACUGUUUUCUUUAUCCAUAGCAAAAAAGGAUACUUUUUGCAAUGUAAUUAGAUGUUCUAUAGUGCUACAAGGAAUUGCCUUCCAAAAGGAGGUUGGCGUAUGAUACUCAUUUACAAUUCAAUAUAUAAUUAUGCAAAUAAUUUUUAAAUAUGAUCAAUAAUAAAGACUGUUC